CACGUUCUUUACACCGUAGGAACGUGGCUCAUUAUUGGCUCCAUUGGCAUUAUCAGAAACCUCCUAGUUCUCUUCAUGUUUUUAAGUGACAAGAAGCUGAGGACACCUGAAAACUACUUUAUAAUGAAUUUGGCUGUGAGUGACUUGCUGAUGUCGGCUUCUCAGGCACCCAUGUGCUUCAUCAACAGCCUGCACAGAGAGUGGAUACUUGGAGACACAGGCUGCGACUUGUACGCUUUCUGCGGGGCACUCUUUGGAAUCACCUCCAUGAGGACUUUAUUGGCUAUUUCUCUUGACCGCUACCUUGUGAUCACAAAGCCCCUGAGAUCCAUCCAGUGGACUUCAAAGAAAUGUACCAUACAGAUUAUUGCUGUCGUGUGGCUGUACUCGCUGGGAUGGCGCGUGGCUCCACUCCUCGGGUGGAGCUCCUAUGUGCCUGAGGGCUUGAUGAUAUCCUGUACAUGGGACUAUGUAACCUACUCCCCUGCAAACAGAAGUUACACCAUGAUUUUAUGCUGCUGUGUGUUUUUUAUUCCCCUGAUAAUAAUAUUCCAUUGCUAUUUAUCUAUGUUCCUGGCCAUAAGACGUACUGGCAG